AUGGCGUCGUUGACGUUCGAGCCGGCGAAGCGACAGCUCGUCCUGUCAGAAGUUCCACUGCAAGCUCUGUUUGCGGCCUGGCUGGCGGCUCCUCCGAUCGCCGUCGGCUGCGCGUUUGUCGUCGGCUACACCCUUCAUUAUCGACUCCUUUACGACUACUUCUGGGACUGUCGAGUGAGCUUCAUGUUUAUCUUCUCGCGGCCUUAUUUGCUUGAAAGUAACCUCAAUUGUGAUAAAAAUUUUCUUCUGUUUGAAACCCUUUACUUUUUUUCAACUUCACGUUUUUUUCUGAAAUUUUUUGUCAGAAGCUUUUCGGUCCUGGUAUUUUUUUUUGAAUAAGCGCAGUUUUUUCUAUCCCACUUUUAAGGUUUUAUUUUUUACUAUAUCUCUGAAAAUUCAUAAAAAACCUUUUUUUUUUGAAAUUUUUUCUUUUUUGAAAGUUUUUGCUUGAGUUUUUUGCACAUGGCCUGAAGUAGAGGACAUGAACGAAACAAUUUUUUAUGAAUGCAAGAAUGUGGCGUGCACUUUUUUGCAGAAUGUGUUUCUACCGUCUGUGUCGAGAGUGUUGAACUUGCCAUUGGAAAGAACACUCUGGAAUCUGCUCAUCCUUUUCCAUAUCCCUCUACAUACUUUUGUCAUCAUUAGACAAGGUUUGACCCCCUGAAAGCGUCAAAGAAAAGGCUCUUAACUUUUUUUUCCUGGGAAAUCCAAAGUUUAAUGAAAAUGACGAAGAAAAUUUUAAAUUUAAAAAUUGCUAUAAUUUUUCAAUCAAUGGGAAAUCGUUUGUAGCAACGGUGUUAGGAACGAACACACACUCAAGGAAGAACUUGCUCAGGAGCGGAGCUUCAGUCAGCGCUGCAGUUUCCUCCGUCUUCUUGAGCUCACUGGCGACCGUCGGAGAGCGCGAGGACGGAAGUAGAACCACUGCGAGAAUUUUCAAGUCAUACUGGAAUUUAAGUUCUGCAUAUGGUAUUCUUCUGCGGCUACACCACUACUACCGCCAUAAACAGCGUUCUUUUUACCUGGCUUCUUCAUAACUCUCAUAUCGUGGAAGAAGUCCAUUUCGAGUUACUCCCAAAAAUAACUGGAGUUUUCACAGAAGAACACUUGUGCUCGAAUCCGGCUUGUGGCCCUUCUAGGGUUCUCAAUUUCUGUACCCGCCAUUUCUCUGUUCUUCGUUCUUCACAACGUGUUUUGUUUGCCGGCAGGUUGGUAGCCUAUGAAGCAAAUCAUGUGAACAGAAAUGCUUUCAAUUUUUAACCUUUCUUGAUAAUUUCAGCUUACGAACUGUUCGCCAUAUUCGAGUACGCAACGGUGCUGUGGAUCUUCGCCUUGCACGCCUGCAGCUGGAAUCUGAUGGGCGACGUCGUUGUUGCUGUUGUCCUGACUCGUCCCGAACCUUCUUUUCGUCUUUAG